AUUUGUUUCGUUGAUGAUAGCGGUGACCUAAAAACUCUGCAAGAUGAAUACCGGUUUAACAACAAUGACAUUCAACGAUUAAAACCAAGUCAGUUUAUCAUACCGGGCUUUAUUGAUAGCCACGUACACGCGGCGCAAUAUUAUAACACUGGCUGCAGUCCCAGGUUAAAGCUGCUCGACUGGCUCCAGGCUUUCACCUUCCCAUUAGAAGCGAAGUUCUCCGAUACGGACUUUGCACAGGCCGCAUACACGAAAGCAGUGAUGAGAUUACUACGUCACGGAACAACGACCGCAUCCUACUUCGCUACCAUUCACACCGACAGCAGUUUAAAGCUGGCAGAAAUUACAGAAAAACUAGGACAAAGGGCAUUCAUAGGAAAAGUGUCGAUGGACGUAAACGAUGCCGGACCAUAUUAUGUUGAAUCUAGCUUGUCAGUAGCCGUAAAGAACUGUGAAAGAUUUGUAAAUACGAUGUUAAAGAAGGGUAACCCGCUGGUGGCGCCCUCAAUUACUCCACGCUUUGCUCUCUCAUGUACGGGGGAGCUGAUGAAAGAGCUAGCAGUUAUCGCCGACAGAUCAAAGCUAAACAUUCAGACCCACAUCAGCGAAAAUAGGGAGGAGUGUAGGUUGGUGAGAGAGCUAUAUCCAAACAGUCAACACUAUACAGAUGUCUAUGACCGGGCUGGCUUGCUGUCCGAAAAGACCGUCUUAGCGCACGGCGUUUAUCUCCAUAACGAGGAGAUGCAAACGAUAUCGAGUCGAGGAUCGGGAAUCUCACACUGCCCCAACUCCAACAUGACUCUACGUAGCGGGCUGUGCAACACGAAGCGCCUGCUGCAACACGGCAUCGACGUUGGUCUAGGCACCGACAUGAGUGGCGGAUACAGUGCAUCGAUACUAGACGCUAUCCGCUACGCCGUACAGACGUCUAACAUAUUGCACAUAGACUGCGACCUGGACUUCUCCAACGAAGAUGUGCCGAUUGGCGUCAAAGAUACAUUUAGAAUGGCCACUCUUGGAGGCGCGGAAGUAUUGAAUAUUGACGACAAGGUAGGCAACUUUGUCGUCGGGAAGGACUUUGAUGCCCUGGUGGUCGAUGUAAGCUGUGACACGACUGGAUUCGACGUCUUUGAAGAUGAGAGCCCAGAAGACAAGAUAACCAAGUUCCUGUUUCUCGGUGAUGAUAGGAAUAUUCAAGAUGUGUUCGUAGCCGGUAGGAGAGUUGUGAGCGGUGCGAAGGAGUGAUGCACUAUUGCACAGGAGGAGUCCGUUGGAGAAAUUAUUACUUGCCAUUGCUCUUCAAGCUUUAAUAAUUGAUGAUCACCAUUUACUGUAUAAUAUUUCAAUGUACGAAUUUUUUUAAUCACUUGUGGUGUACCCCAAGGGUCGACACUGGGGCCUCUAGCUGUUUCUUUUAUACAUAAAUGAUUUGCCAAAUGCUUCUGGUUUUAAUACUCGUUUGUUUGCUGACGAUACUAACCUAUUUUUGCCUAGUGAUAAUCUUGUAGAUUUAGAAUUAAAAGCUAUAACGAGAAGAUGGAAAAAGUUAAUUCGUUGAUGGCUGCUAACAUACUUUCGGUAAACUAUUCUAAAACUAAAUAUAUGAUUAUAACUAAUAAGAGAAUAAAUAGAAGUGAUUUUACCAUCAACAUUAACAACAAUCAAAUUUACCAAGCUAAUUUUAUCAAAUAUUUAGGUGUUUUUAUUGAUAAUGAUCUUAAAUGGAACUUCCACAAGAAGUUUGUCUUAUCAAAACUGUCAAAAGUAGCAGGUAUCAUUUCUAAACUUUGUCACUACAUUGACAGAACCACGCUAUUAUUAGUUUACUAUGCUUUAGCAUAUCCUUAUCUUCAGUAUGCUGUGAUUUCUUGGGCUUCGCGCCCUAAAUGUAACAUAUAUCCGGUGGAUUUAAUUCACCAUAAAAUAGUAAAAUAUAUAUAGCCUUUGGCAUUACCAAAUUGGUAGUCGUCAAGAGCACGUGACUCCAUACUUUUUUGAUCUAAAAUUACUGAAAUUAGAGGAUCUUUACAUUUUUUAACUAGGUAAAUUUAUGCACAAAUAUCAUUACAACAGAUUACCUAGCUAUCAUAUGUAAUUACUUCUUUACUAAGGUUUGUGACUUGCAUAUAUAUGAAACUCGUUGAAACGCUCAACUUAUCAUCUCCCGAGAGCACACUCAGAUUUCUCUAAAGUUGAAAGGAGUUAAAUGUUGGGAAGCUGUUUCUAUGGAAAUAAAGACUAACUCAUUUUAUUUAUUUAAGAAAUUAUAUAGACAACUUCUUGUUAACAAUUAAGUAUAAAAAGUAAAAAUUGUUUAAGAACUGAUUAAGAGUGAUUAUUUUGUACAAAUGUAAUGUACUGUAACGUAGCGUAAUGUAUUGUAAUAUAUUUUAAUGUAAUG